CCGUACAUCUGGGGGCGGGGCGAGGAGCGGAAGUUGUAUGGUGUCACCUCCGGGACUCUCUCGCUGCGUCUCAUCGUUGGGACCGCGACAAGAUGGCGGACCUGUCUCUGGACGAGCUCAUACGGAAACGCGGUGUGACGGUGAAGGGAAGACUUAACACAAGGCCAGUGUUUGGGGGUGUAAGAUCUCGCAUUGGGAUCCAGCAAAAUCUUCUGAAUAGAUCACCACCAGCUGUGAGCUUCCAGCGGACAUUUGAUGCCAGACAGAAGAUAGGACUCACUGAUGCCCGACACAAACUGGGGGUUAAAGAUGCCCGGGAGAGACUGGUUCAAAAGGACGCUCGGUUCAAAAUCAAAGGGAACGUGCAGGAUGCUCGAGAGAUGUUGAAUUCCCGUAAGCAGCAAAGUGUUGCUGCUGAAAAGGUGACCAAAGUGGUGGAUGCCAGAGAGAAGAUCAGCUUAAAAAGGAGCACUCCAGCUGCUAUCAGCCCAGCUAUGGGAACAGUAAAUCCAGCCAUGAAAAUCACCAAAACUAUCCAACAGAAGGCUCCAGUUCCUGGACACUCUCAUCCAGCAGGAAUGAGGAUCAAUGUGGUGAACAAUCAUACACAUAAACAGGGCCUGUAUGACACAGAAGAUGAUGAUGAAAGUCUCCCUCCCCUUCCUAGCAAACAGAUGAAAAUCACCACCACAAACAGUUUCCUGCACAACUCGACUGGUCUGAGCAGCAAUAAAUUCUCUCUGUCCAAGACUGUUCCCCUGACUAAAGUGGUCCAGAAUGAUACAUACACAGCUCCACCGACACCUCCCCCUCCUGUACGGCCAAAGGCCUUGACAAACAUGUCCCGGACCUUAGUGACAAAGGAAGUGCCUCCAAAAGAGCCAGCACCUGUUCAGCUGGCAUUCAGUCCUUUGGAAGGCACAAAGAUGACUGUAAAUAAUCUGCAUCCUCGAGUCACAGAAGAAGAUAUUGUUGAGUUGUUCUGUGUGUGUGGCGCUCUGAAGCGGGCCCGGCUGGUGCACCCUGGAGUGGCUGAGGUAGUUUUUGUGAAGAAAGAAGAUGCCAUCACAGCAUAUAAGAAAUACAACAACAGGUGCUUAGAUGGUCAACCAAUGAAAUGCAAUCUUCAUAUGAAUGGGAAUGUCAUCACCUCAGACCAGCCUAUAUUGCUCCGAUUGAGUGAUACCCCUUCAGUGAAGAAGGAAGGGGAGCCACGCCGAUCAAGUGCAAGCGCCUCCUCAAAUCCCCCUGCUGAAGUGGACCCUGAAACCAUCUUGAAGGCACUCUUCAAGUCCUCAGGGGUCUCUGCCUCUGUGCAGCCCACAGAAUUCAAAAUUAAACUCUGAGAGGGGGAAGCAAGCAGUGGACUGGAAAACUCAUAUAAGUUGGGGGAUGAGGAAAGUGCAGGAGUGCAGAUGUUAUUUGCAUUUGCCUGUCCUGAAAUUUUUUUGUUUUCUAUGAUCGCUACCUUACUGUACAAUAGUGUUUCCUCUUGUGUGUGUACUUUCUGUUUUCAUAGUUGGAGCUUUCUUCCAUGAUUUUUUUUUCCCCAAGAGAAUAACCUCCCCCUUCUGCCAGUAAUGUAUUACCAAGCAUAUACCAUGUAACUUCAUCCUUUACUCCAAAGCCCCCACUGGCCAUUAAAAAUGCACAUAGACUUUGAGGGAAGGAGUGGUGAUCUCCUUCUCUUUUCUUCUGACUGACCUUUAACUGAAAGGGGCAUCCCCUUGAUUGUCCACAGGCAAGAGCACCAUGUUGUUUUUGAAGUUGCUGGACUGGGUACAAAGGCAGGUUGGGCUCCGUCCAGAAAGGACUUGUAUGCAUUUGGUGGCAUAACUCUUCCCCCUGGCUGUUGGACACUUCCCUGCUCAGCAGCUGGGACAUUGAGAAGAAGCAGGAAAAGCUGAGCUGCUGCAGUGUGUGCCAGCAGAAACAUCAGGCAGAAAGGACAUAGGCACAAGUGCACCAGCCACUGUGCUAUGGGCAGGGGUGUUUCAACUCUGGUAGUGCUUGGAGGGUUGUUCUGGCAUUUGUACAAUGAAUAUAUUUGCUCUGGAGGGCCAGACUCAGUUGCUCUCCUCUUUCUGACUGAAAAAUUAAGAGCCAGUCAUGUUCGGAGCUAGAGGAAACCCUUCUCUUUGACUCCCAUUAGACUAUAUUGCCUCUUCCUGCUGAUGCAUGGACACGAGUUUCUUUCUUGCCUUCUCACUCAGCCAGUCUCCUAUAAAAAGGAAGUACCUGGGACCCUUUUCAGAUCCUAAUACACACCAAGUGUUGUGUCUUAGAACUCGUUUCUUGGAGAGAUGCAAUUUGGGCAUUGUUUGGCUGCUGUGCGGUUCUGCUGCUGGCAUGCCUGAAUUUGGAAGAUGAUUGCUGCAGUGUGUGGCUUCAAGGAGAGGUUUAGGAGCAGAGGGCAGUCAAUGCUGUGUAAGGAGCUCGGCAGAGGAGUGUCAAGUCCGAUGCAGGGCGGCGAGGACGUGGCGUGGGCCAGUGAGUGUGUGUGACAAGCCACUAGGUGGCACUUCCAGUACUCCCCAUUGUCUGUACUGCAUUGGCACCUUGGAUGUUGAAAGUCCCAGUAGCUCCACCCGUUUGUGUUUGUUCAAAUUGUAUUGGAAGAGAGGAAAGCUGAGAGCAGCUUCCAGAACCUGGUUGGGCUUUGAUCUUGAUCCUACUAGCUGGGAGACUUACCUAAUCCAUUCUGUUCAGCUCUGCUGAGUAGCUCCUGUAAGUCCAGAUUCCAUUUCUUGGACAACACCACGUUUCUUUUGCUUUCUUGUUCUGUAUGAACUCUUUCUUCUAUCUAGCUUGUGCAGACCAUUCCUCUAUCUCACUGUAUCCCUUUUAGCCAUGGAAAUAAUAAGGACUUGACAGGACUUGUGUUUCUGGAGUACUCUCUUUGGUUUGAAGGCGACACCAUCAUUGGUAGGGUGCUUUAUGUGAAGAGCAGAUGUUCGUAGGGGAGGGGACCUAAGACAGCUAUUGUUCUCCUUUUUUAGAUUGCCCACCAAAUACCUGUGUUUUAAUAAAAAAAAAAGGGGGAGGGGAGGGGGAGGAAACAUUAGGGGCUGGAGAAGAUAAUGUAUUACCUGUUUCUGAAUAAACGUUUGUUAUACAGAGAGUGGAUUCUAAGCCUUUUUAGAUGCUGGGAAGCAACUAAAGAUAAGUGGUGGUGUUCCAAUAUUGAGUCAUUCUCCUGCUUUCUAGGUGAACAUAGAAAUUUCAAAACUGAUAAUGUGAUGAAGAGCAAGAGGAGCUUAUGGGUGAGGGAACUGUUACUCAUCCAUCUUUUAAUCUGGUUCAUAGAAAUUAGCAGCUGACUCUUGCAACUAAAUUGAAGCCAUUUGUGUCCAUGUAAUUCCAAUUCUCUUUUUACAGAAAAAAAAGCAUCCUUUGUUACUGACAGCCUAGUCAUUUAAAAAGUAAUUUUAUAGCAAGACCAGCUCUGAAAUCAGGGUACCUGUUCUAGGUGAAGUGGGAUACUUUGAUUACCAGCUAGACAGAAGGCUGUGUAAAUGUCAAGACAUGUAUUGUGAGUGCAUCUUUCACCUCUCCUGAAAGAAUGGGGAGACUCGAUUUUUUAAAUUAAUAGAUUCAUGUCCUUUUGAAAAGCCAAAUAGCAAGAUGCAUUUUAACUUAACUGUUAAACUCUGCAUUAUGCUGAGGCUGUCUGAGAGUUUAUGAUGGCAUUGACAUACUUCCUUGGAAGAACUACUGUGUGCUCUGUUCCAUAGCUCUGUGAUCUAUGGCAGCAUAUUCUCAUUUUUUACAAAUUAGUGAAUUCAUUGGUUGUCCAAACAGCACUCCAUGGCUUGUCCUACAGCAGUGUCUUGGCGUACCCUGGUGUUCUGGUCUUGGUCAGCUCUUUAAUGCAUCAUCGCAUGGCUUCUUCUGAAACAAGAGUAACUGUUAAUUCCCAGUUCUUACCAGGUUAUUCUCAGUCCUUUUCAGGUAGUUCACCUUGGCUCUCCAAUUUCUCCUGGACAUCCUGCAAUUGCCAUGCUAACCAUGAUUUCAAACUUACCACCUUCUGUCUACAUUUAUCCUCAUGCAACAUGGUUAUAUUUUUGUGGGGUUCGUUUUGUUUUUUUCCUUCUGGUCUGGUAGAAAUUACGAACUUGCAUAUGAAACACUAAUUGCCUGCACUCUGAAUUAAUGUGCAUUAAUUUAGGCAUUAAAUUAAAUGGCUGACCAGGACAGGUGGUAGCUGAUUUGUAACGGUGUUUCUUUUGUUUUGAUUUAUUUUCUUUUAUUUCAAAAAUGCGAGGAUUUCUGUAAUGAUGCCACAAUGUGCAAGUUUGGUAUAUUUUCAUGGCUUUUGCAUGUACCUUCCAAUAAUGUUCACUAACUUGGUAUUUGGUUGGAACAACUCUCCACAUCAUGUCAUAUUUUAUCGCCUCCUACAUUAGUCUUGCUUCAGUAUUUUUGGAAUGGUUCU